GAUAUUGUGUGGCUUUUCAUGUUCUGAUUGUACAUUUAGGAUGUUUUUUGUCAUCUGUAUAUAUUUUUUUAAUUUCCGCUAGACAAGAUUGGCUUUUGUGCUGUUUUGAUCCUAACAAUUCUCAAUUAAAUGCUGGUAUUUAGUUCUACGAGUCCCCAACGGUCACCGGAGGAGAAGUAUUUAGUGUGUUGAAAACAGCAUUAUAGCACUAGCAACAGAGGCAAUAAUCUUUUCUCUGUACGACAGAUACCCAACCAUCCAUGGCUGAUGAGAAAAGAUUAUCUUUGAAUGCCUGGGUGGACAAGGACAAGAAACGUGUGGUGUUUGCAGAAGCUGACAGCGACUUUGUCGAUGUACUCUUUAGCUUCCUGACUAUACCUCUCGGCACCAUAAUAAAGCUCCUCUCCAACAACUCCGGCUUGGGAUGCAUGGACAACCUCUAUGACAGCAUCAAGCAGCUUAGCGACCAACACUUCUCCACCGAGGCUUGCAAGAAUAUGCUACUCAGCCCUUGCAGCGCUGCCGCGGAAUAUAGUGAGAAGUUAAAACUCAACGUUUAUGACCCAAGAGAGUUAUAUCUUUGCAAAAUGGAUGAUUGCAUAUCACGCACCAGAUGUUAUUACUCUUCGGUUUGGCAAACAAGGUGCUAUUAUUGUGACAAGUUUAUGGAUGAAGUAAUGCAGUGGAAAAAUGAUGGAACAAUAGAUGCAGUAUUUGUUAAGAAGAAUGACACCAAGUUUAUGAUCACCGAUGAUUUUCAUGUCACACAAUCUUCCGUCAAAGAAUGCUAUGAUCGACUGAACGAUUUGGAUGUAAAAGAUAUAAAUCUCUUGGAAGAGUGGAUAUUGGAAUUUGGAAGAGAAGAGCUCCUGAAUUUGCUCAAGGAGUCCCUAAAAACAAAGGAAGCAUUGACAAAUAUUUGCUUCCCUGAUUUGUGCAUUCAAUACACCAGCCCUCAAUGUAACAAUUGGAUGGAGAUGAUAACGAAUAAAAGCAAAGACAAUGCAGAAUUUGAAAUACAGGAAAUGCUAAUCAGGCUAAUCGUGAAUAUAACCAACAAUAAGGUGGUGUGUGUAGAGGUAGGAAAAGAGUUUGCUGAUCAGUUAUUUAGCUUCCUCACAUUUCCACUUGGCUCCGUGUUGAAGCUCAUUGGUUAUUCUGAUUCCUUUGGAUGCAUGAACAACUUAUAUGACAGCAUUCAUGAAUUAAAAAUUAAAUACUUCAAGUCAGAGGAAGCCAAAAGCAUGCUGAUAUCACCAAAACUUGCUCCCUUUUUUGGAUACCGCAAACAAAUGUUAUAUAUGGAAGAAUCGUCUCCAUUAGUCCCUAGUUCUUUAUAUGGUUGCCAGAAGUGCUAUUGGGAUAACAAUAAUUCACCCUGUAGUACUGUUAGUUGCAAGCAUGGAGUGCAACAGUCACACUUCAUAGAAAUGGAUCCAAUGCUAGCCAAGGCAGAUACAUACAUGGAUGAAGGAUUUGUUAGAAGUGAUCAAAAUUUUCUGGUGACAGACGAUCUCCAUGUUACUCCAAUGUCCCUUUUUUAUUUCCUCCAGAUUUUAAAAAGGCAGGGGUUACAUGUUGACCAGCUUGAGUAUGGGGAAAUGGUUUUAGAAAGGGCUCAGGUUUAUAAUCUGCUUGAAGCCAUGUUGGUCUCCAAAACAGCACUCAGUGAUGCACUUUCUUCUCGCAAGUGGAAUAGUGGAAUUGUGUGGCGAUUAUGACCAGCUUUUACUUUUGUUUUUUCAUGUAACCAU